GCGGCUCCACCGAAUGACCCAGCGGUGGCUUCAGGCGAGGAUCCAGCUGCAGACGAACCACUGCCGUCUGCAGAGUCCGAGAAAGUGACGGCCGAGCACCUGCCAACAGAAGCUGAGAGCCCCGAAGAUCGGCCUUUGCCGGCGGAUCCCUUGUCAAGACACGAGAAGCAGGUGGCCGAUCAGAUCGAUUCAGAUCUUCCCAGGACUUUUCCGAAUAUCCAGGACGUCCAAGCGCAGAGGGCAACCAUUCGUGAGGUCCUCUUGGCCUUUAGCAAGGCAAAUCCACAUGUCGGCUACUGCCAGGGCAUGAGCUUUCCCGCGGCCGUGCUUUGUGUCCACCUGCCGGGUUCUGCUUUGGAGCAGUUUCAAGCCUGUCUGGAAAAUGUGCGGGAGCUCUGGCUGCCUGGCUUCCACCUCUUCGAGACUGCGAAGUAUGCCUUCGACGCACUCCUGGCACUGCAAGCCCCGAAGCUGUCCCGGUCUUUCCAGUCUCAGGGCAUCAUCAUCGAUGUCUUUCUGCUGGAUGCGUGGCUCACGCUCUUCGCACGCUGGCUGCCCUUCCGCCUGCUUCCAGAAGUCUUAGAAUACAUCAAGUGCCAUGGCUUCGCUGGCAUUCUCAGCCUCACUGUGGCGGUGGUGGACGCCCAUGGCGCAAGCAUCGGUGGCGUCGAGCCCGCAGAUGCUCUCCUGGAACUUUGGAAGUGCUUGCAGUGGGAGGAUCGAGAGCCUCGCCUCGAUGCCUUGUUCCAGACUGCUCAAGGCGAGGCAACCGGGGCCUUGGAUGCGUCGUCGGAAAGAAGUCGAGAGGCUGGCAGACGCCCCAUGGAAGGAGGGAGAUCGUGGACAGAGCUUGCCAGCGCUGCACACGUCGAAGAUGGCAUCAGCAAUGCGUCGCCAGCGAAGAAAAACGGAAGAAAGUGCCCAACGCCAAUGCUGAUGACGGAUGCGAUCGUCGUGAAAAGUAACGCAGGCAGUGCACCGAAUGCCUUUCCUUUGUCGAGUUCGAGCGAACAUCUUUCGAUGCCAAGGGUCCAGCCAAAUGUCGUCAAGGAUGCAUCCCUCGAGUACCUUCAGGCACAGCUGUCAGGCAACAAGACGCCGCUGUCCCUCCGAAAUCCGCGGCUGGAUCCGAGGGCUCGGGAAGCUCCGAUGCAGCGGCAUGAUGGCUCCACGCCGAGAUCCACACCAAGGCAAGGCAAGGAGAAGGAAGCUGCUUCUAACGACACGCAUUUCGUGCCCCUGCGGCAGAGCUUGAACUCCUCGGAAAGCUGCAAGGCGGUGGCAGUGAACCACAAGCCUGGCAGCAAAGUGGCGAGGAAGCCGAGUGUGGACUCCUCCUCGGAUUGUUCACAUAAAGGAUCAGCUUCGGUUCCAUCCGGACGGCCCUCCAUCGUGGCAGGUUCACCUCCUUUGCCCACACGCAUCGCCGAUCCUUCGUGGUCGCCCAUGCCGAGGCCGCUGCUGCGUGAAGUUCCGGGACGGCCGAACUUCGGCUAUCCCACCUCCGUCAGUCCCAUGCGGCGAGAAGGCGUGUCAGUCUCACCUUUCGUUAGAACACCGUGCCAAUCCCCCUGCAGAGCCACCGUGAUCCAGAGGCCAGCUCCUCCUUCGCCACGAGCCAUCGAGAAGCUGCUCAACGUGCCCAUAUUUCUUGGUCUCCUAGAGCUGAGAUUGCAGAAGAUUUUCAUGGAAUUUCAUCCAUCUAUUGUCAUUCCUGUCCUCAUGGCCAGGAUUGAGAAGUUGAGGGAGGUUUACGGGUUGGUCUUUGAGUGUGGGGGCAUGUCAGAUCACACGUACAACCUCCCUUGCUCCGCAGCCACUGAUAUUUGGGCUACAGUGACCAACUCACGUGAAGCAGUCUGGAAUGCAGUUCAGCAAUUUGAGCCAGCCGCCCACUGCCUGCACCAUAUAGUGGUGCAUGUUAUAGUGAUCGACAAGCACCAUCGUGAUCGUGGCUUGCUGACUCGAGUGUUUAAGUUUGAACGCAGCCGCCAGCUCCUGGAACAUCGGCCGCAGCAGGAGGCAUGUUUCAUUGUAUUGAAGGUGGAGCUUCACUGGGGCGCAGAAGCCUAG